AUGUCCCUGGCUGACGAGCUGCUGGCGGACCUGGAGGAGGCGGAGGAGGAGGAGGAGGCCGAGGCCGAAGGCUCCGAGGGGGGGGAGGAGCCGCCCAUCGAGGACGUGCGGGACGAGCCCCGGACCCCGGAGGGGAGCGAGUCCGUGCGCAGCAUCGCCAAGCUGUGGGGCAGCAGAGCGUUUGUGGAGAUCAUGCAGAAAGAUCGAGAGUACAUCAACAAACAGCCCAAAGCCGCUGAAGGCGGCCCCGAGUACCGAGUGAUCGUCGACGCCAACAACCUGACGGUGGAGAUCGAGAACGAGCUGAGUGAGCCCCGGCAGGGGAUCCUGGGGUACAUCAUCCACAAGUUCAUCCGGGACAAAUAUUCCAAGAGGUUCCCGGAGCUGGAGUCGCUGGUGCCCAACGCGCUGGAUUACAUCCGGACGGUCAAGGAACUGGGGAACUCCCUGGACAAGUGCAAGAACAACGAGAACGUGCAGCAGAUCCUGACCAACGCCACCAUCAUGGUGGUCAGCGUGACGGCCUCCACCACCCAGGGGCAGCAGCUGUCGGAGGAGGAGCUGAGCCGGAUCGAGGACGCCUGUGACAUGGCCCUGGCCCUGAGCGGGGCCAAGCUCCGGAUCUACGAGUACGUCGAGUCCCGGAUGUCCUUCAUCGCCCCCAACCUCUCCCUCAUCCUCGGGGCCUCCACGGCCGCCAAGAUCAUGGGGGUCGCAGGGGGUCUCACCCCGCUGUCCAAGCUCCCAGCCUGUAACAUCCUCCUGCUGGGGGCCCAACGCCGGACCCUGUCGGGCUUCUCGUCCACGUCGGUGCUGCCCCACACGGGCUUCAUCUACCACAGCGACAUCGUGCAGUCCCUGCCCCCGGAUUUGAGGAGGAAGGCGGCCAGGCUGGUGGCGGCCAAGUGCACCCUGGCGGCGCGGGUGGACUCGUUCCACGAGAGCCAGGACGGAAAGGUGGGGUACGAGGCUGAAGGAGGAGAUCGGCGCAAGUUCGACAAGUGGGGUGCGAGGCUGAAGGAGGAGAUCGAGCGCAAGUUCGACAAGUGGGAGUACGAGCUGAAGGAGGAGAUCGAGCGUGGGGUGGGGUACGAGCUGAAGGAGGAGAUCGAGCGCAAGUUCGACAAGUGGCAGGAGCCCCCCCCGGUGAAGCAGGUGAAGCCCCUCCCGGCCCCCCUGGACGGGCAGAGGAAGAAGAGGGGGGGCCGGAGGUACCGGAAGAUGAAGGAGCGUUUGGGGCUGACGGAGAUCCGGAAGCAGGCCAACAGGAUGAGCUUUGGGGAGAUCGAGGAGGACGCCUACCAGGAGGAUCUGGGUUUCAGCCUGGGCCACCUUGGCAAGGCCGGCAGUGGCCGGGUGAGACAAACCCAGGUCAACGAGGCCACCAAGGCCCGGAUCAGCAAGACCCUGCAGAGGACCCUGCAGAAGCAGAGCGUGGUCUACGGGGGCAAAUCCACCAUCCGGGACCGCUCGUCCGGCACCGCCUCCAGCGUCGCCUUCACCCCCCUGCAGCUCGGCGGCUCCUCCAAUAGGAGCGCGCCGUUCCGUUGA